UAAAAUGCUCGGGAUACCGCUAUCCAGUAGGUCGGCUCCCCCACCUCAAGCCUCUCAGAAGAUGAGCAGUUCGUGGAGCUUCGUCCCCCCAACGCUCCAAUCCUCGUUCCUCCUUCCCAGGCCGCAACUCUCACCAUCUUUUCACCCUAAUUUCAAAUGGAACAGACUCUCCAUUCGCAAAAAUAAGCUACAGGCUCCUCGAUGCGUCUCUCCAAAAACUCAAAGCUCACAGCUCGACAAGUUCGCUUUGCUUCUCCAGUAUGGAGCCAUUUUGGCAGCAGUUGAGGCGCCAUCGGCAUUGGCAGUGACAGGAAACAACACGGAAGAGGAUUUGGUGACGACAUUGAUAUCGGGAGGAAUCGUUGCGGUCUUUUAUCUGUUCGUGAUUCCGCCCAUCAUCAUGAACUGGCUGAGGCUGCGAUGGUACAAGCGCAAGUUUUUCGAGACUUAUCUGCAGUUCAUGUGUGUGUUCAUCUUCUUUCCUGGGUUGAUGUUAUGGGCACCAUUUCUCAACUUCAGGAAGCUUCCGAGGGAUCCGACAAUGGAGUAUCCUUGGUCUACUCCAAAAGAUGAUGUCCCCUUGUAUAAAUCAAGAUGAUGUCCGUUUAAAUGUUUAUAUCUGUGUCCACUGAUAUACUUGUAUACAGAAUCUAAUGACUAUACUCUCUUAAAUACUCAAAUAUCUGUAUGCCACUGUUACACCUCAACUUGUGAAAUUCUUGAUUUUAUAGUGCAAAAUUCAUGUUUUUUA